CUCCGGCGCAUCGCGGUCGCCAUGGCGCUGUGCGGCCGCUCCGCGCUCCUCCCGCCGCCCCCGCGGCACCGGCCCCGACCCCGAGCCCCGGGGCCCUUCGUCAGCUGCAGCCGCCUCCGAAAUAUUCAGACUAUCCUGACACAGAGCAGCAAAUCUCAGCCUGAUGGAAUCCUCUGCAUUUUAGGGAUAGACAGUCGAUACAAUGAAGGGUGCAGAGAGCUGGCAAAUUAUCUGCUCUUUGGUUUGUACAACCAGAACAACAAUGACUUUGAAAGGACAGGUUUUCCUGAGGAAGUUCUGGAUGAUAUAAUCAUAUUAAUAAAACCUGACAGUGUUCAUCUGUACUGCAACCCUGUGAAUUACAGUCAUCUUUUACCCUAUGUGGCACACUGGAGGAACUUGCAUUUCCACUGUCUGACUGAAAAUGAGUAUGAGGAUGAAGAAGCUGCAGAGGAAUUCAAGAUUUCCAGCUUUGUGGACAUGGUCAGGGAUUGCAGCCGCAUCGGGAUCCCCUACAGCUGCCAAGGCCACCUGCAGAUAUUUGACAUGUUCAUCGUGGAGAAGUGGCCGAUCGUCCAGGCCUUCGCGCUCGAGGGGAUCGGGGGCGACGGCUUCUUCACCAUGAAAUACGAAUUAAUGGAUGUCAGUGCUGAUUUAUGGAAGACCUACAGCAAAAUGGAUCCUGUGUCCUUGGAGGAUUUGCUUUUUGAGGAUUUAAUGAUUUUUGAACACCAAUGGACCAACUUUUUUGCUAAUUUUGACACUGAAAUUCCCUUCAUUCUGGAACUCUCAGAAUCUCAGGCUGGGGAGCCCUUCAGAAGUUAUUUCAGCCAUGGUAUGAUCUCAAGCCAUAUAACAGAUAACAGCCCGAGCCGCCAGCCCUUUGUCCUGUUUGGCAGCCACUCCACAAAGGAAAACUUGAACACUGGGAACUUUAAUUUUCCAUCUGAAGGACAUCUGGUCCGAAACACUGGCCUUGGUGGAAGCACUGCCAAGCAUAUGGUAGUGCAGUGUGUAUCUCCAAAGGGACCUCUGGCUUGUUCAAGGACCUAUUUUUUUGGAGCAACUCACAUUCCUUUCCUGGGAAAUGACAAUGAGAUGCACAAGCAAGCUGAGCAAGUUACGCUGUUGUCGCAAAUAUAUUCUGCUGUUGUAGAGGCUGUGCUUGCUGGCAUUGAGUGCUAUGCUAAAACUUCCACUGAAUCCAAGGCAAAGGAGGUGGCAGAGCAGGUGCUGCUGUCUGUGUUAGACACCCUUGGCUUAGCACAGCUGAAAUCUGCUUUACGCUCCAAAAUUGCUUUUCAAAUCCAGGCUGUGAACAACCAUGGCAGAAUUACUCCAUUAGAUAACGAGGACAGCCUGAGUUUGAUCAAAACGGCAUCCAUGAUGGUGUUUGACAUUCCAGACCUGCUCACAGGCAGAGGAUGCUUGGGAUCUGUUGUGUUUUCAGAGUCCUUCCUGACAUCACAGAUACAGGUCAAAGAAAAAGAUGGCAGCAUCCAUCCAGACUCCAGGCACGUUAUCCUGACUGCAGCUAUCCCAAGAUUUGCUUCCUGGCUGGUUGAAGACAGUGAUGUGAAACUAUCUGAAAAGGCACAGCAAGUAUUGAAGGAGGACAAAUCUUUCCUGGGCACUUUACUCACUGGGGGUGAUGGAGUUUAUAUCUGUUCCAGCAACCCACAGGCCAUGCCUGCAGAAGGCAAACUGCAUUUCUUUUCUGAUGGAAUUCUGUUCUGUGAUCCCCACCACGGCAGCAUUUCCAUUUCCAAGAGCCACAUGAGUUCCAUUUCUCUCUAUGAUGGGGAUUCCAACAGCGUUGUUGCUGCUCUCUUUAUAGACUUCAAAAGUUCCCUGCUUCCUCAUCUCCCCAUUGAAUUCCACACCCAGAACAACUUUCUGAUGAUUGCACUUUUCCCCAAAAGAAAGAUUUAUAAAGCUUUUUAUUCACAGGUUUUCUCUGCAUGGCAAAACCAGACAAACUCAGGAUUAUCUUUAAGGGUUGUCCCAGAAGAAUUCCUGUCUGAGGAACAAAAGAGGCUGCAUUCCAGUGUCCAGAAGCUUUUCAAUGCCUUGUCUUUUGCUUCUGGGGAAAGAUGCAGGGAGCUGAAACUGUCUGCUGCCAUUCCAGGAUUGGAGAGGUUUGUGCAGCACUUCACAGUCAGCAGCGUCAGCACCAAGCCAGUGAUGAGGGCACAUCUUCCUGUCCUUCUCCAACAGUCAGAAACCAUUUCUGACAGCAAAGCAGAAGGUGGUAAGGUGAUCAUCACCAUCAUCACUGGGCUCCCAGGGUGCCGUUCCAGCGACCUCUGCUCUUUCCUUGUCACUUUUACCAAGGAGCAUGGCAGGUGGGUUGUGUAUCGGCAGACCAUGGACAGCCCGCAGUGUUUCAGCGCCUCCCACUUCCAGCGCUUCCUGGCCGGGCUCCUGGAGGCCCAGCAGAACCUUGGAGUCCAUCAGCCCAACCACCCUGGGAAGAGCAACAGGCUCCUGGUGGUGCUGCAAGGGUACACUGAUGUUAUUGAUGUUGUGCAAGCUCUGCAGACUCACCCUGACCCAGAUGUGAAAUCUUCUUUCAUCAUUGGAGCAGUCAACACCUGUGUGGAGCCUCUGAGCUGCUACAUGGAACACAGGCUUCUUUUUCCCAAGUUCUUGGACCAGUGUUCACAAGGACUGGUGAGUAACGUGGUUUUCACAAGUCAUGCCACAGAGCAGAGACACCCACUCCUGGUGCAGCUGCAGAGCCUGAUCCGAGCAGCAAAUCCUGGAGUUUCCUUCAUCCUGGCAGAAAAUGGGAUUGUAACAAGGAACGAGGAUAUUGAACUAAUUCUCUCAGAAAGCAGUUUUUCAAGUCCUCAGAUGAUGAGAGCUCGAUAUUUAAUGUACCCUGGCUGGUUCGAGGGCAGAUACGGGGCUGGGCCCGUGUUCCCUCCCAUGGUUCAGAUCUGUGUGUGGUUCAGCCGCCCUCUGGAGAAAACACGAUUUGUCACCAAAUGCAAAGCAAUUAAAUCGUUGCUCAAGCCAAGUCCUUUUUCUGGAAACAUUUAUCACAUCAUGGGCAAAGUGAAGUUUUCAGAUGCUGAUAAAGUCAUUGAAGUCUGUCACAACACGGCAGCAAAUUCCCUAAGCCUGGUGCCUGUUCCGGAGGGGCCAACUCCUCCCGAUGCCAGAAAUGAUCCCAGAGACUGCAGCAGUCAACAGGAAUAUUUCCUUGUGUUCAUUGGCUGCUCCCUGAAGGAAGAGGAUAUCAAAGAUUGGCUCAGAGAAACUGCAAAACAGAAACCUCAGAGGAAAGCCCUGAAAACCAGAGGAAUGUUAACUCUUCAGGAAAUCAAAAACAUCCACGUGAAACGCCACUUGGAUCCACUCCCAGCUGGUUAUUUUUACAAUGGGACUCAAUUUGUGAAUUUUUUUGGUGACAAAAUGGAUUAUCAUCCAUUAAUGGACCAGUUCAUGAAUGAUUACUUGGAAGAAGCCAACAGAGAAAUUGAGAAGUACAACAGGGAGCUGGAGGAGCAGGAGUACCACGACCUCUUUGAGCAGAAGAUUUAAGCACGUGGAUCCUGAGUGUUCCUGUCCUUGUGUCAGGAACCAAAAAUGCUAUUUUGUCCUUCUGGCUCACAAGAAACCGAGUGAAAUGUCUGUUUUCAGCACUCCUUCCCAAACUAAGGGAUUGUUCCCCUAAGGUUGGCAUUUAACACGGUAACUGCUUAGCUGUUUGUACUGUCAGGAUUGCUUCCACUUCACCUUAAUUCCAGACUGUACAAAGCAUCACCUGGAAUCUCUGGCUUGUGGUGGAAACAUGGGAAAAAGAAGAAGAAGAAGGAGAAGAAAAGAAGCAAAACUGGAUUUAUUUCCUAAAAAAGGUCAGAAUGUAAUUGUGGAAUUGGGCCAUGGUGCAGAUAUCAAACAAUCCCUGGAUGUCCCUUGGAAAUCGUUGCACCGGAGCAUCGAUGGUCAGUGGGGGAGUUCAGGGUGUGGGAUUGGGGUGUUCCCAAAGCCAGAAAUGGGGGAACAGACUCAGAGGAGUCCCCAAUCCCAGAACUGUUUGAGUGUUCCCGAAGCAAAAAAUGGGGGAAUAAUUAAAAAGAGUAAGAGUCCCUAAUCCCACAGCUGCUGGGAUGUUCCCAAAGCGAGAAAUGGGGGAACAGUGGGGAAAACUCAGAACUGAGUCCCUAAUCAGCAGUUGUUGGGGUGUUCCCAAAGCAAAAAAUGGGGGAAUUAUUAAAAAAAGUAAGAGAGUCCCUAAUCCCACAGCUGCUGGGAUGUUCCCACAGUGAGAAAUGGGAGAACACUUUCUUGGAGUCCCUAAUCCCACAGUUGCUGGUGUGUUCCCAAAGCGAGAAAUGGGGGAACAACUCAGAAAAAUCCCUAAUCCCACAGCUCUUGGUGUGGUCUCAAAGCAAGAAAUGGGGGAACAAUUGGAAAAACUCAGAACUGAGUCCCUAAUCAGCAGUUGUUGGGGUGUUCCCAAAGUGAGAAAUGGGAGAAUGAUUCAAAAGUUUAGAAUUCCUGUAUCUGCAGCUGUUGGGAUGUUCCCAAAGCGAGAAAUGGGGGAACAAUGGGGAAAACUCAGAGUGGAAUCCCCGAUCCCACAGCUUUCAGAGAGUUCCCGAAGUGAGAAAUGGGGGAGUGGGAAAACUCAGAACUGAGUCCCUGAUCCCACAGCUGUUGGUGUGUUCCCAAAGUGAAAAAUGGGGGAACAACGGAAAAAACCCAGAAGAGUCCCUAAUUAAAAGCUGUUGGGAUGUUCCCAAAGCGAGAAAUGGGGGAACAGUGGGGAAAGCUCAGAAGUGAGUCCCUGAUCCCACAGCUGCUGGGGCAUUCCCAAAGGGAAAAAUGUGGAAACAGUGGGAAAAACUCAGAAGAGCCCCUAAUCCCAGAGCUGUCAGGGUGUUCCCAAAGCGAGAAAUGGGGGAACAAUGGGAAAAGCUCAGAUGGGGACCUAAUCCCACAGCCCUUGGUGUGUUCCCAAAGUGAGAAAUGGGGGAACACUUUCUCAGAGUCCCUAAUCCCACAAUUGUUGAUGUAUUGCCAAAGCAAGAAAUGGGGGAACAGAGGGAAAAACUCAGAUGAGCACCUCAUCCCACAGCUGCUGGGAUGUUCCUAAAGCGAGAAAUGGGGGAACAGUGGGAAAUAUUCAGAACUGAGUCCCUAAUUCCAGAGCUGUUGGUGUGUUCCCAAAGCAAGAAAUGGGAGAAUGAUUUAAAAAAUUUAGAAUCCCUAAAUCUGCAGCUGUUGGGAUGUUCCCAAAGCGAGAAAUGGGGGAACAGUGGGAGCAACUCAGAAGAGUCCCUAAUCCCAGAGCUGUCAGGGUGUUCCCAAAGCGAGAAAUGGGGGAGCAAUGGGAAAAAUUCAGAACUGGGUCCCUAAUUCCAGAGCUGUUGGUGUGUUUCCAAAGCAAGAAAUGGGAGAAUGAUUCAAAAGUUUAGAAUUCCUGAAUCUGCAGCUGUUGGGAUGUUCCCAAAGCGAGAAAUGGGGGAACAAUGGGGAAAACUCAGAAUUGAGUCCCUAAUCCCAGAGCUGUCAGAGCAUUCCCAAAGCAAAAAAUGGGGGAGUGGGAAAAGCUUGGAUGAGCACCUAAUCCCACAGUUAGGAUGUUCCCAAAGUUACAGAUGGGGGAACAAUGGGAAAAAUCCAGAAGAGUCCCUAAUUAAAAGCUGUUGGGAUGUUCCCAAAGCAAGAAAUGGGGGAACAGUGGGGAAAGCUCAGAAGUGAGUCCCUGAUCCCACAGCUGCUGGGGCAUUCCCAAAGUGAAAAAUGUGGAAACAGUGGGAAAAACUCAGAAGAGCCCCUAAUCCCAGAGCUGUCAGGGUGUUCCCAAAGCGAGAAAUGGGGGAACAAUGGGAAAAGCUCAGAUGGGAACCUAAUCCCACAGCCCUUGGUGUGUUCCCAAAGCGAGAAAUCGGGGGACAAUGGGAAAAGCUCAGAAUGGAGUUCCUGAUCCCACAGCUUUCAGAGAGUUCCCAAAGUGAGAAAUGGGGGAACAAUUGGAAAAGCUCAGAAUGGAGUUCCUGAUCCCACAGCUUUCAGAGAGUUCCCAAAGUGAGAAAUGGGGGAACACUUUCUCAGAGUCCCUAAUCCCAGAGCUGUUAAGAUGUUCCCAAAGCAAGAACUGGGGGAACAGUGGGGAGAACUCAGAACUGAGUCCCUGAUCCCACAGCUGCUGUUGUGUUCCCAAAGCGAGAAAUGGGGGAACACUCUCCAGAGUCCUUCAUCCCAGAGCUGUCAGGGCAAUCCCAAAGGGAAAAUUGUGGAAACAGUGGGAACAAUUCCAAAAAGUCCCUAAUCUCAGAGGUGUCAGGGUGUUCCCAAAGAGAGGGAUGAGGGAACACUCCCACUCCCACCUUUGCCAGGGCUCAGCCCAUCUCAAACCUCAGCACAGUUUGAGUCUGCACUGAAAAUUCUGACUUUAAAGAAAAGCUAUUUAUACAUUUCAGGGUGAAAUCAGUGGAGAAAUCUUAAUUUCUUCCCAGUGCUCUCAUUGGGAUUCUGGAAAAUAUUUCCUGGCUGGCUGCAAUGUGCACCUUGCUUAGAUUAUCCCUGGAGGAUUCCUAUUGCAGUCCUAAAAACCAGGCAAGGCAAGGGGGAGAGUCUUCAGCUGAAGAAUUCCUUUUCAUGAAGAUAAAUGAUUUCCAAAGGUAAAAAAUAGCAAAGGAUAUUACUUGAAAGAGGCAGGAACUUGUUUGUGGAGCUUCCAGAAGAGUUUGCACGCCGUCACAUUUCACUGUGCUCGUGAGAAAUCAGCUUUUUAAGUAUUGCAACAGAAUUUUUAUAGUUCCUAAAUGAUAGAACAGGAAUGCUGGCAGCCUGUUGUGACUUAAUUCAGAAUCAUUUUAAAGAAGGCUUUAUAAAUCCCUGCCUGAAGGAUUAUAAAGUACCUUAGCAGCUACUUACAGGUAAUUAUUGGAGUUUAUUUGAAUAAGCAGUUUAUUGUAGCAUGCAUGUGUUCAGAAUUUAGGUGAGAGCAGCCCAGCAGGAAUUUUUUAUUUUCAUAUUCCUUUGCCUUAGGGACAGCUCAAUCUUUUACUGCAACUGCAGCUUUUCUUUCUGACCAGAUGUUUGUGAUACAGCAAGAAAUGGAAUGAAAAAUCUCUUGCAGGACACUUAAAAUACUUCAAAUGUAUCUGCACAGCCUCAUCCCGAGGCAGGAAAAUGAGAUUUAACCCCUGCCAUCAAACCUGAGGCUAAAUUAAGAGUUUAUGCUUUGCUAAAGAGAUGUAUUUUUUACCUUUGGAACAUGAAAUAAGUGAAAUUUCAGUGACCUGAAGCACAUUUUAGGUGGUUUUGGUUUUCUUUGCUGGCUGCCUGUGCAGAGGUGGAAUUCCAGGUGCUGCAGGCUGGGAUAGAAAUAUUGAUAAGAUUUCAUUCCUCGCUUUCCUCCUAGAUUUAAAAAGCUGUCUGAAUUGAAGACUUUAGUGUUUUAUUUCCUUUUCUUUUUUUGCACACCACGAGACUUUAUAUAAAAACAACUUGUAUCCUGUUAGAGGCCAGUAAAAGCCAGCAAUUAGUUUGUGUUUUUAGGCUUUCCUGGGGUAUUCCCUGGAUCACAAGUGUGGAGCAUCCUGGUAAAGCUCGUGAGUUUUAUCUAUGCAUGGCUAAAUUUUAGUCUUAAUAUCCUGUAGUGCCUGUAGAGCAAAGGUAGCUAGCAGUGGGUUUGGGGGGGCUGCCAGGGGUUUACAACUAAAUCCAGUUGGUUGCAUGAAAUUAUUUCACAGCCCAGAAUUUUUAGGGAUCCCAAAAAUUCUGGUGGCGGCGCUGCAAUAAAAAGGGGCAUUAGGAAAUUGAACUCCAAUUGGAAUUGCUUUGCCAAUUAACUCAGUGUAAACCCAGCUGUUCCAGUCCCAGUUCUCUCACCUGCAAAGCCAUAUUUUUAGAGUAGUGGGAUGUGAUGUGGGAAGAAAUUCCAGUGGUUGGGACAGCAGGCACGUGGUGAAGGCUUUGUCUCAACUCGUGAUGGAUACAGAGUAGAUUUAAGUGCAAUUGAUUGAAAAUAGAUGAAGAUGCUGUAGCUGAUUUUUGCUCUGCUGAACUCUUUUUAAGAACUCCAAUUUGUGCAGCUCUCAAAUCAAUAUGGAUGGGGCUUGAUCCAGCUGGAAUUCCAAGCCCUGUGAACAAAAUAAAAAACAAAGGAAAUAAUUGGGUUGUGAGUGUGCAAAUUGAGGUGUUCCUUAAAAACUGGAGCAGAAGAGCUCGGAACAAAGGCCUAGAACCCUCCUGUCCUGUGCUGCAUGUGCUCUAUGGUCAUAGCUGUGUAUUACAAAGACCUUUCACCAGACUGCUACUGGCUCAAUUCAUGUAUUUUGGUAUUGAAAGAAAUUGAUUACCUCAAUUUUUAGCGUUUAUUUUUGAACUGUGACUUUCAACCAGAACAAAAAAAAAAAAAAAAAAAGAAAAAAAGAAAAAUACCGAAAUAGUGAAACUGUGACAAUGGUAUCCUUUAAAUGUAGUAGUGCCUUGCAGAUGACACCAUUUAUUCCCCAAAUAAAUGGAUGUCAGGGGUUGCACACCCCCCCUUUUUUUGUUUUUUAAAGGAAAAUAACGGUUUUGGUGAAAGGACUUAAAAAUUUAACCUAGUGACAAAUAUUAGCACAAAUGGUUAAACUGUUUAAAAGAAAACUCUUUGAGGACUGAAAUGCCUGAUGCUGCUGCUGUUAAAGAGCAGUUGCUGAUUUUUUGGGAGUCGAUUCUAACAAUCAGCAGCGCUUUUUGAAUUUAUUUUAUUUUAUUUUUUUUUUAAGAAGAGUGUAACUUUUGUACUCUGGUCAGAGCUGUUUGUACUGUAUGCAAUCCCCAGCCCAGGGGAUUUGGUGUCCUCACUCCUUGGAACUCGAGGUGAGGAUGGAGCUACUCCGAAGGAUUGAGGUUUGAACUUUUUUUUUCUACUGUAUAAUUAAAAAAAAAAUCAACAACAACAACAAAAAAAAAAAGCACCAUUUCUAACCCACAGAUGUUUGGAUACAGCAAAAGUGCCAUUACACCUUUCCUUUUCUCUUUUACUGUACUUGGAAAAAUUUGUGUCCAGGCAUUCCUGAGCUUGGGAAGUGCUGAAGAGUCCUCAAGGGGUUUCCACGCUUUGCUGACCUUUGUUAGCAGCUUGUGGUGGUGUUUUUUUCUUUCUCCUCACCGAGAAUGAGUGUGAUCAGAAGUUACUGAAGUUAUAGGAUUCAAAUGUGACAAACUUAGCAGGGGAACCUUUGCAACUUGAGCUGCUCUGCAAUCUGGGAGUAUUUGAAUUUUAAGCUGUGCAAUUUGGGAUUAAUCCAGUUUUACACUUUGCAAUUAACACACUGGAUUGCAGGGAGGAGUUAAGUUGCAUGUGAGGGUUCCCUAAUAAGUUGGAAUUUUUUUAAAAAAUUAUUGUUAUUUUUUAAUUGAAACUUGUCUGAAUUUGCACAGAUUUAAGCUCUGGAAUACUUUGGUAUUCUUGAAAAGGGAAAAAAAAAUUGUGACUAGUAUAGUGAAUUGUGAACUGUGAGUUGGUAGAACCACAAGGUUGAUCUAAUCUUAGGUUGUUAAAAAUGUACCUCAGAAAGCUCAUGAGAAAUUGCUUCAUUUUUACCCAACAGCCAGAUCCUGAUGUAACACUUCUCACUUUACAAUGUGCCAAAAUUCACUUUUAUACUAGUUCUCAAUGCUUUAAUAUUUGCAAGUCUAAGUUAAAAACGUGUUAUUUACAAACACUACUGUAACUUCAGUUCAGCUGAAUGGUGUGAGUGAAGCUUUUUGCCUCUCGUAUUUAUUACACAACUUGAUUCAGUAAAUAUAAAAUUACCUUUCCAUUUAUUUUUGUAUUGUUUUACAUGUUUAUACCUGCAGUUUGUGUGACUUUUACACCUGUAACUCAGAUGUGAUGGAAAAGAACCAAUAAACAGUAUCCAUCCAC